ACUUUUUUGCGCUCAUUCACUUCUCCCCCUCCAGGGAUGGCUCUGAGCUCUCGAGCGCACGCCUUCUCUGUGGAGGCCUUGAUGGGGAGACCCAGCAAAAGAAAAUCUCAAGACCCAAGUGAGGAGAUGCAGCCUGAGCUGCAGGAGAAACAGAGCCUAGAGAAGGAUGAGGAGGUGCGGAGCGGAUUUGCAGGGGAGAGCGAGCAGCCGGGAAAGCGAUCCAAGACGGAAUCCUCAAAAACUGCUUCCUCUGGCUCUGGCAGCGAUGACAACGACCGGGAAAGUCUACAACAGAAAAAUGUUAUCCAAGUAGAGCUUCAAGGAUCCGACCUGUGGAAGAGAUUCCACGACAUCGGGACCGAGAUGAUCAUUACCAAGGCUGGCAGGAGAAUGUUCCCCUGUGUACGGAUCAAGGUGAAGGGGUUGGACCCAGCAAAGCAGUACUGUGUGGUCAUGGACGUGGUGCCAGUUGAUUCCAAACGCUAUAGGUAUGUGUAUCACAGCUCACAGUGGAUGGUAGCUGGGAAUACUGACCAUUCAUGCAUCACUCCCAGACUGUAUAUCCACCCGGACUCGCCUUGCUCGGGUGAAAGCUGGAUGCGGCAAAUCAUCACCUUUGAUCGGGUGAAACUCACCAACAAUGAGCUGGAUGACAAGGGCCAUAUCAUUCUACAGUCCAUGCAUAAAUACAAGCCACGAGUGCAUGUGCUGGAGCAAGACAGCACAAUUGACCUGUCCCAGAUUCAGUCCCUUCCCACCGAAGGGGUUAACACGUUUUCCUUUGAAGAAACUGAAUUCACCACAGUGACCGCUUACCAAAAUCAGCAGAUUACCAAACUGAAAAUAGACCGAAAUCCUUUUGCUAAAGGAUUUAGAGAUCCAGGAAGAAACAGGGGUGUAUUGGAUGGGAUUUUAGAAACCUACCCGUGGAGGCCUUCUUUCACUAUGGAUUUUAAAACCUUUGGUACAGACCCACAAAGCGGCAGCAGUGGCUCAUCUCCAGUGACCUCUAGUGGAGGAGCUCCCUCUCCUUUGAACUCCUUACUGUCUCCAUCAUGUUCUCCACCUAUGUUUCACAUACCUACAAGCUCCCGUGGAAUGAUCUGUCCAGAGGCAUACCUGCACAAUAUCAACCUGCCCUUUUGCUACAAGUUUUGCCCAACUAAUUUUUGGCGACAGCAGCCUUUUGUCUUACCUACUCCUGAAAGCCUAGCAAACUCCAACAAUUCUCAGUAUUUACCCCCACUCAUGAUGGAAAUGCCCAUGUUAUCUUCCAGCGCUGUCACUAGUUCAAACAGUGCUUCACCUGAAAACUUCAAUGGACAGUCUCUACAAGCCUCUCAUUCUGCCAAUCAAAUGCUGUGUGGAUUACAGACACCUGGAAACAUUUUCCAGCCAAAACCCAUUGCCCCAGAAGCACUUGGUUGCUCUUUUCAUCCCCCACAUGGCUAUUAUAGGUACAACUUCUCUAUGCCAUCUAGACUGGCAAAUGCUGCCAACCAUCCCGUUGGAAAUGACAACAGUCAAAUUCCUUUCAAAGAAGGCACAUGUAAUCAUUCUAAUUGGUAUCCAGCAAUCAACCAUUGCCUUUAA